AUGGGCUUUUGGAGUAGUGUUUGGGAUGGUGUUAAAGCAGUUGGUUCAGCAGUUAAGUCGGUUGCUACUGUGGUUGUUGAAACAGUUACGUAUGUUCCAAGGACAAUCGUAUCAACAGUUAAGACUGUUUCAAAUUAUAUAUCUGAUGUUUGGCAUGUAGGUUUACAAUAAUAUUUUGAUACCAAAAAAUUAUCAUAUUUUUUGUAGGGAAGAAAAGAGGAAUAUGAGAGAAGAAGUAAAAAAUUGGAAGAUGACAAAAGAAAAAAUCGAGAAGAAUUAGAACAAUUGAAAAAUUGUCAGUUUAUUUGAAGGAAACAAACUUAUAUUUUAUUAAUUUUUUUCUAGAUCAUGACUCGAAUAUUUCAAGUUUGGAUUCGGAUAUAAGAUCAGCAUCAAAUCGUCUUGAACAACAGAAAUAUAGGAAUCAAAAAGCAUUGGAAGAACAUGAGGAACGUAUGACAAAACUGAAGAAUGAUGGUGAAGAGAAGAUUAGACAACUGCAAUCUCAAAAAACAAUGGAACUUGCGAAAAUGAAAAAUUUGUCAGAAAAUGAAAGAAAACUUUUGGAAGAAAAAUAUGAGAAUGAAAUUAGAGAGAUGAUCAAGAAAAAUGAAGGAACUCGGAAAAAUCAACAGAUUGAAUUUGAGAAAAUUCUGAAACAACAAAGAGAAGAGAAAAUCAAAAUUGAAAAGGUUGAAUGUUAUUUUACAACCUCAAGUAAAACCCAAAAACUCAAAUUUUUUAGGAACAUGAAGAAAUGAUGCAAAAAAGAUUGGAUAAUAUUGCUGAAUUCGAAAAAACACAAGAAGAAAUGAUUAAAAAUCAUACCGAGCUUGUUGAUAAAAGUCUUGAAGAAUUACAAACAAUGAAAUUGGAACUUUUGGAACUGCAAAGAAAUUAUUUACGAGAUGAAAAUUCGAAAAAAUUGGAAAUUAUUCAUCAAAAUGUUCAAAUGCAUUCUGGAUAUUUGAAAAAUCAAUGGAGUUCAAAACUGAUUCGAGAAUUUCAAAACGAAGUUGUUAUUUCAAUUAUUGAUGCAAAUGAUGCAAUGUGUCUUUUUUUAGUUCAUGUAAGUUACAAUUUUUCGGGAAAUCGAAAUCUAAUGAUUAUUUUCAGGUGAAUGAAUUAAAAGAAAACGACAAAAAUGAAGAUGCACUGUAUUUUCCCAUAGAAACUUUCAAUGAUUGGAAAUUGAAAAACAAACAUUGUGGAGUUCUCAUAAAUCAAUUCCAUAAACAAAUGAAUGAUUUUCAAGGAGCUGAUGCGGUAUUAAAAUCAGAAAUGGGUUCAAUUUUGGAAAAAUACGAAGAACUUCGAAAUGAAUUAGGAAGAUUACCAAUGAGAAUUGAAAUUGCGAUGAAGAAAAAUCAGAUUUCCGAAGUUAUCAAACAUUCAGAACCACUCAACGAAUAUAUUGAAAUAGUAAAUGGAAUUAUUGUUAUAAUGCAAUCAAUUUGUUUGAAAAAAAUGGAAUUGAAAGCACUCGGCAUGUAA